CUUCUCAGGCACUCUGCAAGAAGGGGGAAAGGCGGAUGUGCCGAGAUUUGCUUUUAUUCCUGUGGAAAACGGGAAGCUGCAAACUUGGAUUUGGCUCAGACUGGGAGCAGAGUCUUCUGCUUUCAAAGAUCUGUUAAAUUAAAUUACUAGAAGAUGGCUGUGCAAGGAGGCGCUUUGACGCCGUUUACCAUCCAGGACAUUCUCACUCGGGGCAACGACACAAGGCUCGGUCGGAACCCGCACCAGGUGAAAGCGGAGCCGCGGAGCUUGAAUGCGCGCCGGGAGCAGGACAGGGAGAGACGGACUCCUCUGAUUGUGAUCCGGGUCGACCAGAAGCAGGGCGACGCGUUAACGGGCGGCCCGGUAGAUAGCGGGAGUCAGCAACCGCAGCCCGACGCGUUGAACGGCGAGGAACCAACCGAAGAGAAGGGCAACGGCCGGCUGUACAUGGAGACUUUCAACGCGGAAUCCAACGAAGGAAAUAACUGGGAAAAUAACGCCGAGAGGUUUGAUAAAGAUCCAGAUCGCCAGACAGCGACGGACGAUGACGAAAAAACGGACAGGCUUCUACCAUCCGACCAACCCGGUAAAUCCGGUAAGAAGCGCUCCCGGGCCGCUUUCUCUCACGCUCAAGUCUUCGAGCUGGAGAGAAGAUUCAAUCACCAGAGAUACCUGUCGGGCCCUGAGAGGGCCGACUUGGCAGCCGCCCUCAAACUCACAGAGACGCAGGUUAAAAUCUGGUUCCAGAAUAGAAGAUACAAGACCAAGAAGAGGCAAAUGGCCGCGGAGUUGGUAGUUAAUUCAACGCCCACUGCGGCCAAGAAAGUAGCCGUCAGGGUUCUGGUCCGGGACGACCAGAGACAAUACAGCCCGGACGAAUUAGGAAAUCCGCACUUCCUCUCGCUGUAUCAGGCUUAUCAAUACUAUCCCUACAUGUACUGCCUCCCCGCCUGGCCUCCGUCCGUUAUCCCUCUCUGCGGAGGAACUCACUGAAAGGACAAAGGGUGUGGGUGAGGUAUGGAGGAGGGAUGAAAUAGGGCAAAAAAAAUAACAGCCAACUUUAAAAAAAAUAUUUUCUUAAAUUAUAAAAUGGACCGUACGCACUUCUCCCAACCAAAUGCCCUGCAAAUGCCAAUGAGCCGCCGGAUCGCCCUCGAGUUGACACGCAGAAUAUACCUAACUCCUUAAGACAACGAAACAAAAUCAGAUUGAAUAAUUGCUCUUUUGGAGAGGAUAUGCUGGUGGGGGAUAGGGAAUGGGUUGGAGACAGGCAAAGAGAACGCGGCGAGGUUUUUUUUCUACUAAAGUAACAACAUAAUUCUUCCCCGUCAGUGGUUCGGUGGUUUGUUUAAAUUUUGUAACGCGCUGGUUACUGACCGGCUUCGCCCUUUGAUUAACGUCUAUCGGUGGUCGAAUGGCCGGGUAGGGUCGGUCACGAAGUCAUUUUCCAAAGCCAAAAAUAAAAGAUAGAGAGAAUCCAAAUAUUUCCUGUGAGAUCCAAAGCGCAUUUUCUGAUGAAUACUUGACUAUGGUUUUUCUACAUUAGAAAAUAAAUGGAAAAAAAUGUGACUUUAAAAGAAUGGUUUCGUUUUCAAAACCAGCCGUCCGGAAGGUGUAUUUUUUUUGCACUGCUCUCUGUAAGUAACUAACAAAUACAAGCAGAAUGUUAUAAAUAUAUAUUUAAACUUAGCAUUUAAACUUCAGUUGCUGAUGUUACUAAAAGCCUUUUAAACGAAUUUCACAGUAUCUCGAUUCCUUUUAUCUUGUAUGUUCGUAUCUCUAAUUUCUCAAAACUUGCUCCUUCGAUUUAUAAUUUUUUUAAAAGAACAGUUCUUAA